AUGAGCUCCCUUUCCGUUGUUUCUCUGCUGACUGGAUUUCUCACGGCGAUGGUUGUGAUCACUGAAAUUUCGGACGACGGCGAUCCACCAAAGAAACCUCAAGAAGAACCGAAAGAAAAUCGUUCCCUUCUUCUCACAAUUCCAAACGACGUCAUUGACAUUUGCGUCGCAAUGGUUCCGAGAUGUCAUUACCCGACGGUAACUUCCGUCUCCAGAUACUUCCGUACUCUCAUGGCUUCUUCCAUACCCUACGUGUUGCGCUCGUUCCGUAACAUUACCGAAUCUGUUCUUUACGCGUUCAUCGGAUUCCAUCUUGUUGAGAUCCCAAGAUGGUACAUUCUCCACCGUAUACCUUACCGGAACCAAGUGAUUUCUCUACGAUUGUGCAAAAUCGAUUCACUUCCUCCUUCUAUGCCUUUUGGAUCUGCGGUGGUCUCAGUCGGACACGAGAUGUAUGUAAUCGGUGGAUGCGACCGCAAAAGAGAGCAAAUUUUGAGUGUGUUUCUAAUCGAUUGUAGAAAUCACACGUUGCAUGAGCUCCGGAGUAUGAACAGGGCUCGCUGCAGAGCAGCCGCAGGAAUAAUCAAUGGAAAGAUUUACGUAAUCGGAGGUUGCGAGAAGUCAUAUCCGGAUUGGGUCGAAGUGUAUGAUUUAAAGACUGAGGCUUGGAGUCCUGUGCUUGGUCCGUACCCUUACGGUACUCAGAAAGGAGAGAUUGAGUCGUAUGUGGUUAUGAAAGAAAAGAUUUACCUUUUGGAUCGUGAUUCUUGUUUCUCUUACGAACCAAGAACGGGUAAUUGGGAAUCGUACGACAACGACAGGUUGAGACUUUUCUGGCUAACGUCGUCUUGUGUGGUAGAUGAUAGGUUGUAUACUCUUGCUCCUCUGGGUUUGCAGGGAAGUUCAGUAAUCGUAUAUGACCCAGAGGAGAAGGAUUGGGUAGGUGUGAAAGGUGUACAUUGUUUGCCUAAGCUCUUUUAUCAUGAUUAUAAAAUGGCGAAUUUCGGUGGAAAGUUGGUGAUUUUGGGUGUUAGUGAGAGGUAUACUGAUGGGGCGAGAGAUAUCUUGUGCGUAGAGAUCGGUUUGGAAAGACGUCAAGGAGGUGAGAUUUGGGGGAAUGUCGAAUCAGUCAAGUGUGUGCUUACAUCGCUGAGUUUGCCUACGAUUGACCUUUGUCGUACUGUUACGGUUUAA